AUGCGGCUGCUCCUUGACACGGGCAAGGUUGAUAUUGAAGCCUUUGACUUCGAGUGCCGCACGCCACUGUCUCACGCGGCCGGAGCUGGUAAGACAGAAGCCGUGAUGGUCUUGCUAGCCGCAGGUGGUGUGAAUCCUAAUAGCAUGGAUUGGAACGGUCGAACACCUUUGUCAUGGGCUGCCGAAUUUGGGUAUGCUGAUGUGGUCAAGGUUUUGCUCGCGACAGGCAAAGUAGCUCCCGAUACUUUUGGUGAAAUAGGGAAAACGUUGCUUUUUUGGGCGACUGGAAGCUCACGAUACAUGUCAAACAAGAGCGCAAUCUACAUGAGUCAAGCUGAGAGAGAAAUGGCGUUAGAAGAUAUCCGCAGAGUCUUGAAAGGAGAAGCACCACUCGUCCUGUCCAUCGAAGCCACAAAGAGGAAAAAGGCACCCGAACGUUUAGCCAAAUAUAAUCCAUUGGAGGUUAUGGAGCGUUUGCUGCAACACGCUUAA